GUCGAGAUUUAUUGUUAAGCAGCUUCAUUACGCCACAAUUGCAACGUCGUCCGCCCCCGAGUCCGCCCUCUUUUCACGCGUGUGCGAACCUUGCGAAUAGGUUCAUUCCCUCCUUUUCGCUUUCACGCACCUACCCUCGGUUCAGCAUGCUUCAUGGCCAGAACCUGCCGUGGCGGGCUGCCUUCCGCCAGGCUUCACACGCACGUCCAGGAGCUUAUAGGGCUGCUGCAUCCUCCCGAGCCUCAUCGCGUUUCCUCCCCGCACAGUGUACCGCCGCACUCGUCCCGCGACCCUUCCACCGGUGCCCUUCACCGCCCGCCGCACUAUGCGCAUCCCGCAGCUUCUCAACCUCGCUAAGUCGACCCAAGGAAAAGGAUCCCAAGACGCCGCCAGAAACACCAGAGACAGCCAAGGUGGAUGAGACGGAAGAGUCCAAGAAGGUCAAGGAGCAGGAGCCCGCCGAGGAGCUGGAGGGCAAGAGCAGUCCGUCUGAACCCGUAGCCUCCAAAACAGGCUCUGGGCGAGGCAGCGCUGCGGGAGCAGAUGGCUCAGGAGGCGAUGGCGGCGGCAAGAAGCGCAAGACGGCUGAAAGAUCGCUCGUCAAGCCAUCCAUCCCAGACGUCUAUCCACAGGUCAUGGCCAUCCCGCUUGUCAAGCGCCCGCUGUUUCCCGGCUUCUACAAGGCCAUCACAAUAAAGGACAGGGAAGUCGGCCAGGCCAUUGCAGACAUGGUCAAGCGGGGGCAGCCUUAUAUCGGUGCCUUCAUGUUCAAGGAUGACGCUGCCGACAAGGAUGUUAUCCACGACCCCAGCGAGGUCUACGACGUGGGCACUUUCUGCCAGGUCACAAGCGCCUUCCCCGUGGGAGCUGACGACAACUUCGCCAUGACCUGCGUCCUCUACCCCCACCGUCGGAUCAAGAUGACAGGACUGACGGCACCAAAGGCAGAGAAAGAGGCUUCGGUGGUGGAGAGCACGCUGGAUGACCCUAUUGCGACUGAGACACCCGCAAGCCAGUCCAAGGGCGAUGUUGUGGCAAGCUUCGAAGAGCUCAGUGACGAGACAAAGGCGUCGCAGGAAGACCAGGUGCCGGCCAUACUCAAAGACCGCCAGGUCAGUAUCGCCAAUGUCGAGAACAUGGUUGAGGAGCCUUUCGAUGUCAAGACCAAUAAGACAAUCCAAGUGCUCGUCAACGAGAUUGUAAAUACCUUCAAGGGCGUCGCGCUUCUGAACCCUCUUUUCCGCGACCACGUAUCAACCUUCUCGGUCCACACAACCAUGAACGUUGGCGAAGAUCCCGUUAAGCUUGCCGACUUUGCAGCUGCGGUAGCACAGGCCGAGUCGCAUGAGCUUCAAUCCGCGCUCGAGGAGAUGGACAUUGAAAAGCGGUUGAGCAAAGCGCUGGAGGUGCUCAAGAAGGAGCUGAUCAGCGCAGAGCUGCAGAAGAAGGUUUCCGACGAUGUGAAUGCACGCGUCACCAAGAAACACCGCGAGUACAUGUUGAUGGAGCAAAUGAAGGGCAUCAAACGAGAACUUGGCAUCGAAUCCGACGGCAAAGAUAAGCUAAUCGAGAAGUUCCACGAGAAAGCCAGCAAGCUCGCCAUGCCCGAGGCAGUCAGGAAGGUGUUCGAAGAAGAGAUGAGCAAGCUACAGGGUCUCGAGCCAAAUGGGUCAGAGUUCAACGUCACACGAAACUACCUCGACUGGCUUACCCAGCUACCCUGGGGUCUACGCAGCGCCGAGAACUUUGGUAUCAAGCAUGCGCGCGAGGUGCUGGACGAGGAUCACCACGGCUUGAAAGAUGUCAAAGACCGGAUUUUGGAGUUCAUCGCGGUAGGCAAACUCCGCGGCACCGUCGAAGGCAAGAUUCUCUGCUUAGUCGGACCCCCGGGUGUAGGUAAAACCUCAAUCGGAAAGUCAAUUGCGCGGGCCUUGAACCGUCAAUACUACCGCUUCAGCGUGGGUGGCAUGUACGACGUGGCAGAGAUCAAGGGCCAUCGCAGAACCUACGUUGGUGCGCUGCCUGGCCGCAUCAUUCAGGCGCUCAAGAAGUGUCAAACCGAGAACCCGCUCGUUUUGAUCGAUGAGGUGGACAAGAUCGGCCGGAAUAGCAAUCACGGUGAUCCGGCAUCCGCCCUUCUAGAAUUGCUGGACCCGGAACAGAACAACAGCUUCUUAGACCACUACCUGGAUGUCCCUGUUGAUCUGUCCAAGGUCUUGUUUGUUUGCACUGCCAACAUGGACGAUACUAUCCCACAGCCACUGCUUGACCGCAUGGAGGUGAUCCGGCUGUCCGGCUAUGUAUCGGACGAGAAGAUUGCUAUCGCCGAAAAGUAUUUGUCACCUGCCGCGAAGGAAACGAGCGGUCUGAAGGACGCGGACGUCGUCCUCGAGAGCGAUGCCAUUGUCGAACUUAUCAACAAGUACUGCCGCGAGUCUGGUGUUCGUAACUUGAAGAAGCAUAUCGAAAAGGUGUACCGCAAGUCUGCGCUGAAGAUUGUUCAAGACGUCGGCGAAGAGGCACUGCCAGAGGCGGAAGCGCUCACCGAAGAAGGAAAAGCUGCGCAAAAAGAGUCGGACAAGGACAAGAGCGAUUUGACCGAGACUCCGCAGGACAUCGAGAAGCAGACGACCGAGAAGCCCCGUGUUGCUCUAAAGGUCCCGGAUAGCGUGCACGUGUCUAUCACAAAGGACAACCUAAAAGACUAUGUCGGCCCGCCAGUCUUUACUUCUGACCGACUCUACGACCUGACACCCCCUGGUGUAGCCAUGGGCCUUGCAUGGACCUCGAUGGGCGGCUCAGCAUUGUACAUUGAGUCGAUCAUCCAGAACUCGCUGUCAGCUUCUUCACAUCCUGGUCUCGAGCGCACUGGAUCUUUGAAAAACGUGAUGAGGGAGUCAACGGGGGUAGCAUACUCUUUCGCCAAAAGCAUUCUUGCACGCGAGUAUCCCAAGAACCGGUUCUUCGAACAUGCGAGGAUACAUCUUCAUUGCCCGGAGGGUGCGACACCCAAGGAUGGACCCAGUGCCGGCAUUACCAUGGCCACGAGUAUGCUGAGUUUGGCAUUGGACACGAAAAUCAGCGAUGAUAUUGCCAUGACGGGCGAGCUAACGCUAACUGGCAAGGUAUUACGGAUUGGAGGAUUAAGGGAGAAGACGGUAGCUGCGAGGCGUGCAGGCGCGAAAACGGUCAUUUUCCCGCACGACAAUAUGAGUGACUGGCUCGAACUCCCAGAAAACAUCAAAGAAGGCAUUGACGGGCGCCCGGUAUCCUGGUACAAGGAAGUCUUCGACAUUGUCUUUCCAAAUCUGGAGAAGGACCACGUGAACAAGCUAUGGGACAAGGAAUUAAAGCCGAAGAAAGGGGACCGGAAAAAGCGCGAGCAGAAGCGGAAAGAGGAGGACGAGGAAGAGUCUGGUGAAGACGACGAUUGAGCGUGACAAGCCAUCUGAGUAGACAUGUGUAUGAUAUGUGAAAGAAGGAGAGAAAGAGUCAAAGCAAGGCAUUUUGGGCGUUUGGCAUUGCAUAGUACCGGCACUCGGCCGUGACGAUAUAUGGCAUACUGGCUGGUAAAAGAUCUCUUCUCUAGAGCCCACACAUAGCUUCUUGUCGUUGUAGAUAGCAAAGUGAAAGC